ACAGAGACGUGCAGGCUUGACGGUCCCGAUACUCCUAAGGGAAGGGAAGCGACGCGAAAGGAAAAUGGCAGACGGUUUUUCUUUAUCUGAUGCUUUAGCUGGAGCCGGUAACACAAACCCAAAUGCUCCUCCAAACCAAGGCUGGCCUGCUGGUCCCUGGGGAAAUCAACCUGUUGGUCCGGGGGCGUAUCCUGGAGCGCCGGGAGCCUAUCCUGGAGCGCCGGGGGCGUAUCCUGGAGCGCCGGGAGCCUAUCCUGGAGCACCGGGGGCGUAUCCUGGAGCGCCGGGAGCCUAUCCUGGAGCGCCGGGGGCGUAUCCUGGAGCACCGGGGGCCUAUCCUGGAGCGCCGGGGGCCUAUCCUGGAGCGCCGGGGGCCUAUCCUGGAGCACCACCUGCCCCUGGACAACCCCCAAGUGGACCUGGAGCACCUCCUACUGCACCACAAAGAGUCCCCUUUGACCUGCCCUUGCAGACUGGCCUCGUGCCUCGCUUCUUGAUAACCAUCGUGGGGACAGUGAAUCCAAACCCCAGCAGAUUUUCACUGGAUUUCAAGAAAGGGCAUGACGUCGCCUUCCACUUUAAUCCCCGCUUCAACGAGGACAACAGACAAGUCAUUGUCUGUAAUUCACUGAUUCAGAAUAACUGGGGAAAGGAGGAGAGAACCGCUCCCAGGUUUCCAUUUGAAGCUGGCAAACCUUUUAAGAUCCACAUUCUGUGCGAGACGGAUCAUUUCAAGGUAGCGGUCAAUGAUGCUCACUUGCUGCAGUUCAGCUACCGGCUGAAGAACCUGAAUGAAAUCACCAAACUCAGCAUUGCUGGGGACAUCUCUCUCACCAGUGUUACACCUGCUAUGAUAUGAGUGGGGUUUUGUAGUGUAACCUUCACACCAAGAAACAUACUCUGGCCAUUUCUUGAAUAGCAGUUAACCUUAAAAAAAAAUAAAGAUUGCUGGCUUCAUUUAUCCUUUGUACAAUAAACUUAAUAAAAUA